AUGCAAAGCGCAGAUUCAGAGAUCUUCUCCGCAGUCGCAUCAUUUGGCCAGGAGAAACGUGUUUUGAGCCAAGGUGGAGGAGAUACAGUGCCGUUGGUUGUGGAUGGGAAAAUAACCUGUUUUCGGGCUGGAGUGACUGUCGCCAGGCCACGGGAGCGAGUUGAUGCACGGUGUGAAAGCGUCGAGCGAUGGAAGAGGGCUUUGUCGAACAGAAAUUACCCUCGUAUUGAUCCGAUUACCUCCGGACUUCCGGUCCUGCACGGUGGCAAUAGGUUCGACGAGGAGGGUUUUCUGGUGGAUGCCGUUUGGUUGGAUAUUGAGUGUACGGAGGAUGUUGAGCGGAAGGUGGUAACCAUCGUGAACCCCCACUUACAACGCUCAAACGACUACCCAGUAUCCAAGCGCGCAUCCGAACUUGGAGUCCUCGUUCAACCCAAGAGCAGCAAUGGCGACCAGCUCCAGCUCAUGGGUUCACUUUUUCCAUCCUGCUUCUUGGGACUUUUGGAUCUCACACUUCAAGACGAGGACUAUCGAUGA